AUGGACCACUUUAUUCUUGUACUCGAGUGGUUCCAGAUUGGUAGUAAAGGUGGCAAUAUGCUCGCCAUUGCCUUUGAUAACGCCAUGAUGGACCUUGAUAUUGUAGUGGUUAUUAUUACCUUGCUAGACGAGGUCUUCAUGAUACGCGUGAGACUGGUGGGAUAUGGUAGAUCUGGGGGACGAGAAAAGGCUAUCAACCCUGCUCUGGUUGCUGCUAUCAUCAUCAUCGCCGCCGCCGCCGAUGUCACUCUCUGUGAAGAGAACAUCACGGCUUUCGAUUGCUCUCAGCAGGUCACGUGUUGGCAUUUCCAGGAUGAGUGUCUAGAUAUCUAUCAGAAAGCCGUGAAGGAGGCGAAGAGUAUCCUGGAAGACACCGAGGUUUUUGAAGCAAGCCCAAUCGACAAUGAUAGUCUUGGCGUCAGCGUGAGGGCAGAGCUGGAUCGAUUGGUAGAUCUCCGGACCCUUAACAAUAUUCUCGCUUAG